AUGUCUAGAGAGCGAACAUCUGUUUCGUCUACAAGCGGCGCAGAAGAUGAAGACAUUGAUUCGACGACACCUCUGACGAGUACACCACCAUCCGAAUGUGGGCUCAACGACCCAUCAACCGAUGUGUUAGCGGGGAGCACUUCAAAAGCUUCGACCGUCCCAGAGCUCUAUUCGGAGAACAUCAUCGCGAAAGCGUUUCGAACCGCACAGGUCGCCAUUGGAGCCCUGCCAUUCGCGUUCCCUGAAAUCGUGCCUCAAGAUGCCCAAGCAGACGGAGCCUACAGCUUGCGCGAAGCUGAUUUCUGGACAUGUGGAUUCUUCCCCGGGACCCUGUACCUUCUCCUUGAGCGUUUGGUCAGAUUUCCACAGAGUGUACAGCUCCACGAUGCGCAGAUCCAACGUCAGGCUUUGCGAAGUCAGCUCACCACUCUAUGUCGCUCAUGGACCGAGCCUAUAUACGGUAUGAAGAACCGCACCGAUACUCACGAUAUCGGCUUUAUCGUCAUGCCGGCACUGCGAUUAGACUGGGAGCUCUUUGGAAAUGCGCGGAGCUUGGACUCAAUCGUAGAAGCAGCGCACAGUCUCGCGACGAGAUACGAGCCAUCUGCUCAAGCCAUCAGAAGUUGGGACUUGUUGAAGAAGAAAGACAUUGAGAUUCUGGACCAGACUGAAAACAUGAUUGUCAUCAUCGACAGCAUGUGCAAUCUGGACCUUAUGUACUAUGCAGCCCAUCAUGCGCAGGAACCAAGGCUCGCGGAUAUGGCAACGGCUCAUGCAACCACGCUCCUGCGAUCGCAUCUGCGCCCGGAACCUGAUGUGUCAUCGUCCAAAGACGCGUACAACGGGCAGUGGUACUCGACAUGUCACGUAGCGAAUAUCGACCCAAGAACAGGGUGCUUGAAGCGUCAACUGUCCGCCCAAGGCUACGCACAUGAGUCAACAUGGUCCCGCGGGCAAGCCUGGGGUAUUCUCGGGUAUGCCGAAACGUAUAUGUGGACCAAAAAUCUUUCGUUCUUGGAGGCAUGCUGCGGGCUCGCAGAGUACUUCUUAUAUCGACUAGAGACAGCGCCUUCUUGUGUUGGUACCAGAGGCCGUCAUGUUCCUUUGUGGGAUUUUGAUGCGCCCAUUGAGGACGAGAGCAACCCACUGCGUGAUUCAUCGGCCGGCGUCAUAGCAGCCAAUGGUAUGCUCAUUCUAUCACAAGCAUUAACAUCGAUCGACCGACCGGCACUAUCCUUGCGAUAUCGUAAUGCAGCGCUCAGGAUUGUGCAAGACACUUUGGAUUUCGCUCUAGCUCGCGAGAAAGCACGGCUCGUAUCUGCACCGUAUCAAUACGUGCGAGCAGAGGAGAGUCAGCCUGGUGUGCGAUUCGAUGGCAUGCUGAAAUUCGGCACAGCGAACAACAACAGCCAAGCCAGGAAACGCUACGCAAACCAUGGCCUUGUGUAUGGUGACUAUUAUCUGGUCGAGUUCGGGAACCGGUUGCUUCGAAUGGGAUUGCAUUGA